AUGGACAGGGAAUCUGGUCGCCCAAGGGCGAGAUCAGAUGUUCAACCGCGGUCACCUGCCCGGAACCGAGCUGCCAACGAUGCAGAUUAUAUCUCACCUUUGAGAGUUCGCACUGAUGAUGAUAGCGGGAUCCGAAGAUAUAGCUCGGUAGGCUCAAGACGCAGCAACGGAAGCGCAAUACCCAGCUUGGCUCCCCGGACUACUCUGGCGCAACGCACCCAAGGAAAAUUCACCUUGGCUGGACCGGAUGCAACCCCCCAGCUGCGAUUAGCCCAGGAACCCUUUGUCCAACCCGGAUAUGCAGACUUGAAUCCCUCCUAUGAACAGGCUUCCAAUGCCAGACCGGUCUGGUCCCUGGCAAAGCCGCUGCCUCGUGUGGUGCGGCCGAGCAUGGUGCCCACCAAGGAGGAGCUAUUACAGAACCUGGCCAACGCCCAGCGUCCCGCAGAGAACUCGCAGAAACUUGGGCUUGAGGUUGACCCGAAUGAUCUUGAGCAGGGUCGUAUCGAUAAGUCUUCCGAUCCGCGCAAAAUGGCUGCUCAGGUUGAGGAUGCGCGUCUGCAACGUGAGAAUAAUUUUAUGAAUAAGAUUCUCACGGGUGAUGGCACAUCUGCGAGACAGACCUCACGCAUUUCGCGUACUUCCUCAACCAGAGCAAGACGCCCUUCGGCUUGGGACCUGCCCCCAGAUCAACUGUCCACUGUCCAGGAGGGAGAUCAUUCAAGCAGCCAUGAACCAGAGGAGCGCUCUGAGCUCGGGGAUGAUCAGCCAGAAAAUGAAGACCUGGGUGCGAGACUGGACGAUAUCUUAGAACUUCCCGAAUUGGAGAAGGGAGGCUACCCUGAAGACCUACACCCGCUCGUGCAGGAACUGGUCGAGGAUGAAGUGCAUAAUAAUCACACCACCUGGUCCGUCAUCCGUACACACCACCGUGAGGCUCUUGCCGAGGCCCUGGGUGUGUUUAUCCAGCUGACUAUGGGUUUCUGCGCCGACUUGUCCGUCACCGUCGCUAAUCAGGGCAAUCCCAACACCACCGCCUGGGCCUGGGGCUUGGCAUCUAUGAUGGCCAUCUACAUUUCUGGUGGUGUUUCCGGAGCCCACCUCAACCCCGUCGUGACCCUGGUGCUAUGGUUCUUCCGUGGUUUCCCCAAACGCAAGAUACCCGAGUAUUUCGCUGCCCAGUUCCUGGCCGCCUUUGUUUCGGGUUUUGUUGCGUAUGGAUUAUAUUACGAAUCCAUUCAGAACUACCUCCUGCUCAACCCAGACACCGCUAUCAUUAACAGCUUUGUGACGAAUUCGCGUGAGUCAUGGGUCGGUUCUGCCACAGCGUUCUUCAAUGAGUUUUUCGCUACGGCCUGUUUGACCGUCACUGUCCUGGCGCUUGGUGAUGACCAGAAUGCUCCACCUGGUGCUGGUAUGAACUCGCUGGUUAUUGGGCUUGUCAUUACCUGUCUGAACAUGUGUUUUGCUUACCAGACCGGAGCGGCAAUGAACCCGAGUCGCGACUUUGGCCCUCGGCUUGCGCUUCUCGCUGUCGGUUACCCUAGCACCAUGUUUACUAAUCCUUACUGGUUCUAUGGGCCUUGGGCUGGGACUUUAACUGGUGGAUUUUUAGGUGCUUUCCUAUAUGACUUCUUCAUUUUCACUGGCGGUGAAUCUCCCGUCAACUACCCACUUGAGCGCAUCCAGCGCGCCGUGACCAAGAGUUGGAUGAAGUGGAAGCGCCGACUGAAAUUGGAGUAA